AUGUUCGCCGUGCACAUGGAUCUGUUGCGCGCCGUCGCAUCGCUUGCCGACUUGGCUGGCCUCAUCGGGACGGACAGCCGCGGCGCGGGGCGUCUCCGCCAGCCGCGGCUGCGGUCGACAGUGGUGUUGUGCCUGGCCGAGGCCGCGGCGGCGAAGAGCGACGAGUGCAUCAAGACGCAGCCUGGCGGCCUGUGCGAUGAGGGCGACGCCCUCGGAGCGCCGGACUGCUCCUUCACCGCCGAGGAAGCAGGCGAGAUCUUGCUAGACGAGCUCACCGGCAUCGGCGACUACGAGACGUGGUGGACGAGUUGGCAGGAGACCCAGGAGUACAACGUGGACCACGACGUCGGCAUCGAUUGUCACUUCUGGGACCAUAGGAACGACAAGGAGGCUUGCGCCAAGCGCCUGAAGGCGGCUGCCGACAUGUUCGAGCAGCAGCACGGCGUGGACCCCGACGUGCUGCCGCUGCCAGUGUGCGACUUCCUCUCGUGGUUCGACGAUGAGUUCGACUGGCCGCUGAACCACACUGGCGGCGUCAAGCCAGAGCACGGUGGCCCGUGGCCGCCUCCCAAGCCAUCCCUGCCGCCGUGCGCGCUGGAGGCCGUGUGCCCGCCCGCGUGGCUGCCGCCCGACCUGGGCGAGAUUUGCCCGGCGUGCCCUGAGGCACCGCCGUGCCCGGCGGCGCCGCAGGUCUGCGCGCUGCCGGAGGCGCCGGCUGGCGGGGCAGAGGGCUGGGUGGUCGCCGCGGCGCCGGGUGUAAUCGUGGCGCUGGUGUUGGAGGCCGCGCGAGCCUUGCAGUGCUGCCGGUGCCGCCGAGCUCGCGAAGAUGAUGGUCGCACGCCGUCCCUGCCCCCGCUCGCCGCGGAGGAGGUGUGGUGCGCUGACCUGGCGGUCGGCGCGGUGGUCCGGGUCUCUUAUGCGGGCGAGGCCAUGGACCACAUGUGGGUGGUUUUGUGGCCGGCCCGCAAAAGAGAUCGUCGAGGGCACCUCCGCGGCCGCGCGGCCUACUGGGUGAUCUCGGCCGACGGCGACGUGCGGGAGGAGGACCUGAGCGGGAGGAGCCCCGCGACAGGGCCAUCGGGCGGGUCGCUCUUGGAUCAGGCGACGGGGGACCCGCCCGACGGCCGCCGGCUCUUGUACCGGUUCCGCAGGCGCCCGAGCACCGAGGAGAUCCUGGAGCUCGCCGCCGAGUGCCGAAAGACGAUGCUCAGGCAGGGCCAUGCCGAGGCGGAGGAGCCGCGGAGCGUGGUCACCGCCGACGGAGCGGAGCGCCCGGGUCGGGAGCUGUUCCCGUGGGCGGCUGUCAGGCGCCCGUGGGUGCUGGCGGAGCCCCUCCCUGACAUGCAGGUCGGCACCUUGGUGGACCCGCUGCCGAGUGGCGCGCUCCGGGAUGGGGCGCAGGCGCUGUGCUGGCUAGACGGUUGCGGGCGUUGGGCGAGGGUCGAGCAGGUGGACGAGGACAGGGUCGUCGACUACGCGGCCCACCGGGCUGACGAGCUGCGCGUCGCGCUCGGCGUCCCGCCCUGGGCCGGAGCGGGGGCGGAGCUGGUGGAGGGCACGGCGACCCCACCACCGGCUGCUCCCUCGGGCCGGUUGCCGCUCACCGACCGCCUCGACGAGCGUCUGGGCCUCGCCCCUGAAGAGCCCCCUGGUCAGUGGCCCAGCGACGAUUUUGUCAAUGACGUGCGCACGCUGCGGGUCGACCAGCUCAUUGCCCCCGGCUUCCGCUCGCACGUGUCGAGGAGGGCCAAGGAGGAGUGCGAGCUGAUGCAGGGGGACAAAACGGCCGCUGCGGUCGCCGCGGGCGCGGCAGCCGCGCGGGCCUCGCGCGAGGUGCCCGAGGGCGAGGCAACGACUACGGCCCAGCGCGCGCCGCUGGCCUUGGCGAGCGGGGAUCGAGACGUGUUCCCACUCCCUCGCCUGGCCAGGCCGCUGGCCAGCUGGGGCGGCAGCCGCGCCCGCGUCGCUGGCGCUCGGCUGCGGCGCGAGCAUGAAUUGGCGAACGGCGCGAUCGACUCUCUCAACUGGCUUGCUGGAUGGGGGCCUGACGACGUGGGCCCGCCGCGCUCCCUGGACGCGAUGGGGGGCAAGCAUGCUGGGAUCGCGCAGUGGGUGAUGGAAGACGUCGUGGGCGAGGCCGGCCGCCCUUACCUGAAGGGGGAUCAAAAGCGUAUGAGGCGGCCGAUCAAUGCGAUCGAUUUUGACAGCCUGCCGACUCCGUACUUUGACCCGCUGCUGAAGCGGAACCAGAAUAUGUACCACAACUGUUCGAGGGAGGGCAUCGCGGUCGACUCGAAGGAGGCCGAGGCGCUGCUGGGCGACUUCAAGCUCUUCUUGGGCAUGACGGACGUCAAGGAUUGCUUCUACUGGAUGCGCAUCCCGCUGAGCCUGGCGAAGUUCUUCGCGCUGCCGGCGGCCCCCGCCCACGUGUCGGGGCUGGAGGGGCAGGGGCUGGAAGGGGCGAAGCUGGGGGCUGACGCCCCAGUCUACCCUGCACCGGGGCGAGACGCCGCCCUCUCGGGGCGGGCCCUGAUGAAAGAUCGCGGGCCCCCGCUCGCGAUUGAGGUCGGGCCGGGCCAGCGCGGAGGCGCCUGCGUCUACGUCGACAACGCGGGCGCGCUCGCCCCGUCGGAGAGCCUCGCCACGGGCGCCCUCGAGAACUGGACCGGCCAUUUCGAGGCGCUCGGAACCAAGCUCGACCUCGAGCUGAUGAGAUCGGGCGUGAGCGACGGGCGCAUCUGGAAGGUGUGCGUCGGCCUGGGCGGGCUGCUCGCCCGCGGUCGGGCGACGGGGCGGGCCCUGGAGAUGGUGCUAGGCCACCGCGCCUUCUGCGGCCUUGCCCUCCGAGGCCCCCGAAGCAGCCAGCACGCCUCGUGCCGGUUCGGGCAGAGACACUACCUGGAGGCCGCGCGCCUGUGGGCGGAGGUAGUGAAGGAGAUCAAGAUGUUCUGUGGCCUGCUCGCGCUCAUGGUGCAGGACUGGUGGCGGCCAUGGAACUAUUGCGUGCUCCAGACCGACGCAAGCGAGAGCGGCUGGGGCAUGGCGCAGUCGUUCUGGCCGAGGAAGGUGGUGGAGCAGGUGGGCCGGCUGCCUGAGCGGGCCCGCUUCCGUUCGGCGCAGGGCAGGGCGGCGCCGGAGGGCCUUCGCGAGGGCCCGCGCAGCCUGCUCCGCCCGGGCUCGCAGGAGAGGGCGAGGUCGCCGACGGCCACCCCCCAGCUGCCGCUGCAGGAGAGGCGGGCCGCCCGGGACGGGCGACACUCUGCGGCUCUCGACGAGAGGGGCUUGAACGGGCUGGACCUCGCUGGAGACGCCGGGGAGGACGCCGAAGGCGACAGCAGCUCCAGCGGCUCCGACUCGGAGCCGCACGCCGACGCCAUCUUGGCGGCGCAGGACUCGGGGGUGAGCCUCCUGGAGACCCUGGCGGUUACCCAGGCCACGCGAGUGAGAUACAAGCGAUACCUCGAUCGGUUCUUCUCGCACGUCGGCCUGAGCAGGAAGCAGCUGCUGGCGAGGACCGACGAGGAGAUCGACGAGCUCAUGUGCAGCUACUUGACCGAGCACUACUUGCAGGGCGAGCAGAGCAGCUUCAGCGACCAGACAGUGGCGGCCUGGGUCAACGCGAACCUUGCGUUCGGCCGCGUGGGAGGCAGCGUGCUGCCGCGGACGUGA